AUGUACGAGUCAAACUCGUCGUCCAGCAAAGCAUCCUCGACAGCCAGCCAGGACUGCGUUCAAGCUAUCGAACAGACUACGAGCCACGGCGCCAGUGCUGUGUCCGGCAUACCUCCCUCCCCAGAACACGUCGUGGGUGACCUGUCACUUGCAAAUGUGCUGGCCCAGGGACCAGUCGAGCCGACAGACCUGCCGGCUCGGGCAGAUCAACAACAGGCUCUUGUCAAAAUCGAAUAUCAGGGGCCCAGAUGCGAUGAUGGGACGCGUAACUGGGUAGACUACUACCCCUGA